AUGGCCGACUCGGAGAACAAGUCGCGCUUCAAGCGCCAGAAACUCUCCAACGAGGCUGACCAGUCCAACCCCUAUCUAGCGCACAUGCACCCCAACGGCGAUUCAAACGGCGUCGGACUCGACCAGUCCAACGGCUAUGGCAAUGGAUAUGCUUCCAACUCGAACGGCAGCGCAGGAGGUCUGUCCACCUUCAAGCGCCAUGCAUCGACUGCAAAGAUGGCCAAGGUCGCAGAGGAUGGGCCAACGAACCCGUUCACAGGCAGGCAGCUGUCGCAGAAGUACUUCAGCAUCUUGAAGACGAGGCGAGGUCUGCCGGUGCACGCCCAGCGGCAGGAGUUCCUGGACAUGUACCAGAAGUCGCAGAUCCUGGUCUUCGUUGGUGAGACGGGUUCGGGAAAGACUACGCAGAUCCCGCAGUUCGUGGCCUUUGACGACCUACCGCAGAGUCAGGGCAAGAUGGUGGCUUGUACUCAGCCCAGGCGAGUGGCGGCCAUGUCGGUGGCACAGCGUGUCGCGCAGGAGAUGGAUGUGAAGUUGGGAGAGGAGGUCGGAUACAGCAUUCGAUUUGAGGAUAUGACGAGCCCGAGCACCAUGCUGAAGUACAUGACGGACGGUAUGCUGUUGCGGGAGGCUAUGAACGAUCACGACUUGAAGCGAUACAGCACCAUCAUUCUGGAUGAAGCUCACGAGAGGACGCUGGCUACGGACAUUCUGAUGGGACUCUUGAAGGGGGUGGUGCAGCGCAGGCCUGACCUCAAGCUGAUUAUCAUGUCUGCUACGCUUGACGCGCAGAAGUUCCAGAAGUAUUUCAUGAGUGCGCCGCUGCUGGCUGUACCCGGUCGGACGCACCCUGUCGAAAUCUUCUACACAGCCGAGCCAGAGCGGGAUUACGUGGAGGCUGCUAUGCGGACAGUUCUACAGAUCCACGGCACAGAGCCAGAAGGCGACAUUCUGCUCUUCCUUACAGGUGAAGAGGAGAUCGAGGAUGCAUGUCGCAAGAUCAACCUUGAGGCAGACGAGCUCUCCCGAGAAGGUGCAGGACCUUUGAAGGUGUACCCGCUCUACGGUAGCCUUCCGCCUGCUCAACAGCAACGCAUCUUCGACCCAGCCCCGCCACCUUAUAAGCCAGGCGGCAAGCCUGGUCGGAAGUGCAUCGUCUCCACCAACAUAGCCGAAACGUCACUCACAAUCGACGGCAUCGUGUACGUGGUGGAUCCUGGCUUCUCCAAACAAAAGGUCUACAACCCGCGGAUUCGAGUCGAGUCGCUUCUGGUAUCGCCGAUCAGCAAGGCGUCCGCGCAGCAGCGAGCGGGUCGUGCUGGUCGUACUCGUCCCGGAAAGUGCUUCCGCCUCUAUACUGAAGAUGCGUUCAAGAAGGAGCUCAUCGAGCAGUCAUACCCUGAGAUCCUUCGCUCCAAUCUCGCUAGUACCGUGCUGGAGCUGAAGAAGCUGGGCGUUGACGAUCUCGUGCACUUCGACCUCAUGGAUCCGCCGGCACCAGAGACACUCAUGCGUGCGUUAGAGGAGCUCAACUACCUCGCCUGCCUCGAUGAUGAAGGCGAACUCACUCACCUGGGCACCGUGGCCUCGGGCUUCCCCCUAGAUCCAGCAUUAGCUGUCAUGCUCAUCUCUUCACCUGAGUUCUACUGCAGCAACGAGAUAUUGUCUCUCACUGCGCUGCUCUCAGUCCCGCAAGUCUUCGUUCGACCAGCGUCUGCACGUAAGCGAGCCGACGAGAUGAAAGACCUCUUCGCGCACCAAGACGGCGACCAUCUGACGAUGCUGAACGUUUACCACGCCUUCAAGUCCCCGGCUGCACAGGAGAACCCGAAGCAAUGGUGCCACGAUCACUUCCUGUCCUACCGAGCCCUCCAACAAGCCGACAACGUGCGCCUACAGCUGAAGCGCAUCAUGGAGCGCGAAGACAUCGAACUCGUCUCCACACCGUUCGAAGACAAGAAGUACUACGAGAACAUCCGCCGUGCGCUCGUGGCUGGCUUCUUCAUGCAGGUGGCGAAGAAGGACAACAAGACUUACACGACCGUCAAGGACAACCAGUCCGUGCUGUUGCACCCGAGCACUGUGUUGGGCCAGGACAGCGAAUGGGUGCUGUACAACGAGUUUGUCCUCACGAACAAGAACUACAUCCGUACUGUGACGGCGGUGAGACCAGAGUGGUUGCUCGACAUUGGGCAGGCGUAUUACGAUGUGGACAGCUUCCCGAAGGGCGAGGUGAAGAACGGGCUUAUCGCGGCGCAGCGGGCGAUGCAGAGGGCGCGAGAUCGUGAGGAGAGGCAGAAGAUGAUGGGUGGAAGGGGGAGAUGA